AUGUCACACUCAUAAUAUAUUAUUUAAAAAUAAGUAUAGUUAGGAUAAUAAGAUCAAAGUUUUUUAGUUUCUAAUCAACUUCCAUAAACCCAGCUUGAUUAUAACAUAAGCAACAGUAAUUAGGAGCAGAGCGUAUAUAGAUACCAUUUCUAUAAUUAUCUAAGGAUGACCUAGUGAUUAAUAAAUAUUGAUCAUUCAUCAUUGACUUAUUGAUGUGCUCUUAAAAUCAUCUUUAAUUUGCUUUUUUGGUUGAUUAACUUAGAGAUGUUAUUACCAUAAGUAAAUUGAGUUCCUUUAGGUGAUAUCCACAUCUUAUACAUCAUCAAAAUCACUCCAAAAUAAUUUGGCAUCGGUCCUUCAAAGUGUUAUUGAAGAUGAGAUAUAAUUGUUU